GCUCAGGCUAUUCUCUGCGGGGGCUCUGCUCUGUUCCCUGCUGGCCACGAUGGAGGAAGAAGCUGGAGUGCUGAAGGAGGGCUUCCUCGUCAAACGGGGACAUGUUGUUCGUAACUGGAAAGUGAGAUGGUUCGUUCUGCUUCAGGAUAAGCUGCUGUAUUACAAAAUUGAAGGAGGCAAGAAGGAGCCUUCUCCAAAGGGCAGGAUCCUUUUGGAUGGAUGCACUAUUACUUGUCCAUGCCUGGAAUAUGAGAACAGACCGCUACUCAUCAAACUAAAGACAAAAACCAAUACAGACUAUUUCCUUGAAUGUUGCUCCAGGGAGGAACGUGACUCUUGGGCUUUGGACAUCACUGGAGCUAUUCAUGCUGGUCAUCCAGUACAGGUACAAGAACUUCACAAAAUGAAGAACUCUUUCAAACUGCUAGAAAAUAUCAGCCUCCACAACAUAGUGGAGAGAAUGUAUGAGAGCAGUGCUGGAAUUAAGCUGACCCGCAAUUUGGAUCAAGGCAACAGAUACAAAGAGACCUUCACAGGUUCUGCCCUGGUGGACUGGCUCAUCUCCAACAGCUUUGCCGUGUCACGAUUCGAGGCCGUCACCUUGGCGUCCAUGCUGAUGGACGAGAACUUCAUCAGGCCCGUGGGGGUGCGCAGCACCGAGGCCACGCGCUCCAGCGACCCCUCGGAGAAGUUCCUGGACGACUCCACCGCACUGUACAUGUUUGCUGAGAGCAGUAAGAAAAAUACCAGUUCCAAGGAAGAGGUGCAUUUUAACAUCUCUGAAUUAAGCGGCACAAUUGUGAAGCAAGGAUUCUUAGUGAAACAGGGGCACAAGAGGAAAAACUGGAAGGUGAGAAAAUUUGUUUUGAGAGCUGAUCCUGCUUUUUUGCACUACUAUGAUCCCACCAAGGAAGAUAACAAACCAGUAGGUGGAUUCUCUCUUCGCGGGUGUCUUGUCUCAGCUCUGGAGGACAACGGAGUCCCAGCAGGAGUGAAGGGCAAUGUGCAAGGCAACCUUUUCAAAAUCAUCACCAAGAAUGACAUUCAUUAUUACAUCCAGGCCAGCUCCAAGGCAGAGCGAGUGCAGUGGAUUGAGGCAAUCAAACCACUGACAUGAGUAAUGUGGACUCCAUGACAAAAUGACAAACCACAUUAAUGAUCAAGUUCCUGCUUUCAUUAUCUGGAGUGUUGUUUUUCCCUUGAUAGUCUAUUUUCAUUAUUUGAAUUACGGUAACACCUACCAAUUCUUAGCAGACUAUGCAGACAAAUCGUGUAGAUCCAAAAUAAUUCCCCCACCUUGAAUUUACCAUCUAACCAAGGCCAAACCAGGUGGAUACAGACAAAUGGGGCUUUACAAAAAAACAAGAUAUUCCAAGAUGGAAGAUAAGGAUCUUUUGUACAAGUAUUCAGCCUGUGUCUGACACAUCCAGGUUGUGCUUUAUCUUAAAGCAGAAUUAUUUUGCUCCUUUCCCCUUUAUGAAGGGGCUCAUACACUUAGUAAAGACCGGAACAUCUAAGUCAUGAAAGGUGCUGGUGUCUGAGGCUGCCUUUCUUGGUAUACCACACGAAUCUUGCUCUAAGCCACAACCCAGCUGCCAGGGUAAUAUGCAUUGCAAAACAUGCAAGGGGUCUGUAUGUCCAUCCAUCUGCUCUACUGUUUAGUUCUCUGUUAGACUGGAAAAGAACAAAAGUUCUUGCUCUCCACCAUAUAGGUUACUCUUAUGCUGGUAAUGUCCCACAUCAGAACAGGAUCCUGAGUAUCAAAUCAGGCCAGUGGAACUUCCAGAUAAUUUCUGGUGCUGAAUAUAUUGGAAGAAAUCCCUCAGCCAUAAAUCCAAGACUUUUUUUUCUGAUUAUUACUGUAAGUCCAUUUAUGUUGGAGCACUGUUUGGACAGAGAACUAUAGUAGCAGUCCUCACUAUUGCUCUUUCUAUCUUAAGUCAUUAUUUUUUCCAUC